GUGUCCACCAGCAGGGGGCGGUACUGAGCUCGCCGCUGCGAGUCGCAGCCUCAGUGAAAUGACCCACAAAGAAAAAUAAAUAGCAACAUUACAACAUUGCAGCGCUGCAGAGAUCGUUGUUGCUUUUCAGCGUGACCCAGAUAAACGCGAGGGACCAUGGAGACCAGAGCUUUGAAGAACCCGUACCCGGACUAUGACGGGAGUCCUGCGAGCACGCAGGCCUUCUUCGACUACCAGGGACAGAUCACGCCGGAGUUCGCCCACAGGCUGAGCAGCAAGGUGAGCGAGCUGCUGGCCGUGAUGGAGAACGGGCUGAAGUCUGCGGACCCCCGGGACUGCACCACGUACACCGGCUGGGCAGGCAUCGCUUUGCUCUACCUGCACCUCCACAGCGUGUUUAAGGAAGAAUCCUUCCUCCAGAAAGCCCUGGACUACGUCAGCCACAGCCUGAGGUGUUUGACCCGCCGCCGUGACGUCACCUUCCUGUGCGGGGACGCCGGGCCGCUGGCCGUGGCCGCCGUCGUCUACUCCCGCCUGCAGAGGAUCCAGGAAGCCGAGGAGUGCAUCAACAGACUGAUGCAGUAUCACCAGACGGUGGUGAAGGGCUUGGGUGGGCUGCCAGAUGAGCUGCUCUACGGACGAGCGGGCUACCUCUCCUCCCUCGUCUUCAUCAACCAGCAGCUCGGCCAGGACCGGAUCCCCCUGCAGUACAUCCAGCAGAUCAGCGAGUCGAUGCUCAUAUCGGGAGAUCACCUCAGCAAGAAGCUACGAGUCCAGAACCAGACCCCGCUGAUGUACGAGUGGUACCAGGAGUUCUACGUUGGAGCUGCUCACGGACUGGCCGGCAUCUACUACUUCCUCAUGCAGCCGGGCUUCGUCUCUGCGGAGGAGCACGUGCACAGGCUGGUGAAGCCCAGCGUGGACCACGUCUGCCGUCUCAAGUUCCCCACGGGCAACUACCCGCCGUGCAUCGGGGAUGACCGGGACCUGCUGGUGCACUGGUGCCACGGAUCCCCGGGCGUCAUCUACAUGCUCCUGCAGGCGUACAAGGUGUUUGGGAUCCCUCACUACCUGGAGGACGCUCUGCAGUGCGGGGAGGUGGUGUGGCAGUGCGGCCUGCUGACCAAGGGAUACGGCUUGUGCCACGGCGCAGCGGGGAACGCCUACGCUUUCCUCGCUCUCUUCAGGCAAACGCGGGAGGCAAAGCACCUCUACAGAGCCUGCAUGUUUGCAGAUUGGUGCAUGAACUACGGCAAGCACGGAUGUCGGACGCCUGACAGGCCCUUCUCCCUUUUUGAAGGUAUGGCCGGGACCAUCUACUUCCUGGCAGACAUUCUGCAGCCCAUGAGAGCGAGGUUCCCUGCAUUCGAGGUGUAGACGGUGUGCACGGGGUAGUACUUCUACCCCCGCACUCACCCGGACAACAGGACUGAGUCUGCUGUCUGUCACGCACAUGCACGGGUGCACGGCUCUCAUCUCAGAAGAUAUUGGUGGGCUCCAGCUGACGAUGACCUUCUGCCACGUUUUUUUUCCUGCCAAUGCUGGCUAACGAGUCUCAUCGUUAUGCAGAGCUUCUGUUGCUUUCUCCUUCCUUUUUUUGUUCUUUGUGAUGUUUUUAAAAAAGGUAACUGAAAAGAGGAGGAGAGGAGGGGAGUUCAGAAACUGUCAAAACACAAGGUGAAAAUGUAUGAUAAAAGAAGAGGCUUUUUCUUUUGUAUAUUUAUGUCACGUAAAGGUUUGAUAAGGAUGCUUUUUUUUUAUUUUAGUUUUUUUAUUAUUUCUAUUUCGACAAAGCUUCGAGCUUUUGACUUAUUGUAAUGCAGAACCGACUAUGUCAUGUGAUCAGUGAGUAAUAAAAAUUAAAAAGUC